UCUAUUUCAACUUUCCUCUUUGGCCUCUGUUCUCUCUCUCCUCAUUCCUCAACCAAGUUCUCCCAAAUCGAUCCCCAACAAACGCAGAUCUGCAAAGCCACGCCGGAAACUCUUGGUGGGACUUCCUUCCCGCUGGCUUGUGAGGAAGGAGGCAGAGAACUGUUGUGACCUUCUUAGACUUCCUUCAAGGUAGAUUCAGCUGCAAAUUUUAAACCUGAAAAGGUUGAAGACAUUUGGAACCUCGGAGGGAUAUUAAACACUUCAUGGCAUCGGCACAAACAGUUAAUAAUGUUGAUGUUCAAGGACAAGAACCACAACACAAGAUGUAGAUGCAAACACCACAAAUAAAAGGCAUAAAACAUCAAAGGUGUGGGAUGAUUUUCAUGAGGUGGACAUCCCCAAUGUUGGGCCCAAGGCAGUAUGCAACCAUUGUAAAGCCAAAUUUGCACGUGGUGGACCAGGAGCAAGCACAAGCCAUCUAAAGAGGCAUUUAACAAGUUGCUUGAAAAAAAAAUUGGCCCAAUCCGGAAAGAAGGAAAGCACUCAAACCACUCUUUCGUUUCAGCCUUCAGGUUCUGCAGUGAACCCUGUCCUUUCACCUACAGGAAAGUGUUCCAAUGAAAAAAUGAGAGAAGCUAUUGCUACUGCUAUUAUGGUUCAUGAGAAUCCUUUUAGCUUUGUUGAGGAUACUGCUUGGAGGUGGGUGUUUCAGUGUGCAAAUCCUGAUUUUGAGAAAGUGUCACGUCAUACAACAAAAAAUGAUUGCAUUGGAUUAUAUGAGGCUGAAAAAAAAUUACUAAAGGCUCAAUUGAAGAGUGUGAACAAGAUUAGCAUCACCACUGAUAUGUGGAAGUCUGACCACCAAAAAGCUGAAUACAUGGUGAUUACUGGCCAUUUCAUUGAUGCAGACUGGAAAUUACAAAAGAGAGUUUUGAGUUUUGUGAAAGUGCCACCUCCAAGGCGUGGAGUCGAUGUUGCAGAUGCAAUUCUUAAAUGUCCACAAUUAUGGGGAAUCGAAAAUAAGGUAUUUUCUGUAUCUGUGGACAACGCUGCCUACAAUGACGUAUGUAUAAGAACUAUGAAAAGAACUUUGUCAAGAAAUACUAAAUUAGUUCUUGGUGGGGAAUUAUUUCAUGUGCGUUGUUGUGCACAUAUAUUGAAUUUGUUGGUGCAACACGGUCUUACUCAGAUUGAAGACAUCAUUGAGAAUGUUAGAGAAAGUGUGAAAUAUGUUAAUCAUUCUGACUCAAGAUUAAAGACUUUCUCUGACAUUGUUAAGCAAAUGGGUAUAAAAGAAAGAAAGCUAGUGAUUGAUUGUCCCACUAGAUGGAAUUCUACCUAUGAAAUGUUGGAUAUUGCUUCAAGAUUUAAAGAAGUUUUUCCAGAAUACAAGGAAAGAGACCCACACUACAAUUGUUUGCCAUCUACUGAAGAGUGGGAAAAUGUUGAUAAGGUAUGCCAUUUAUUAAAAGUUUUCUCUCAUGCUACUAAUAUCAUAUGAGGUAGUGAUUAUCCUACAACAAACUUAUAUCUUCCGGAAGUUUAUAUGGUCAAAGUAGUGAUUGAUAAAGCAGCUGAAGAUAGUUCUGAUUUUAUGAGAGGAAUGGCAAGGUUUAUGAAAGUGAAAUUUGAUAAAUAUUGGGGGGAAUGCAAUUUGUUAAUGGCCAUUGCUAGUGUUUUGGACCCAAGGUGUAAAUUAGAAAUGGUGAGCCUUUGUUUUCCACUUAUUUACAAAUCAGAAUUUGAUGCCAACGUUAACAUAGAAAAGGUGCGUCAAGCUUUAGAAGACCUUUACAAUGAUUAUUUGCAAGAAUCUUGCUCUAAUUUAGAUGUCAGAACUAGGGUGGAAGGAUCUUCCUCUUCUACUCCCUCAACUGAAGUUUCACAAGAUUCUGAAUCUGGGUUUGCUCAACUCAUGAGCAUGAUACGUGCAAGGGAAUCUACUCAUUCAGUUAAGUCAGAGCUGAAGUGUUAUCUUGAAGAGUGUUUAUAUAAGUGAGGAUAAUUCUCAUCUUUCAUUUGAUGCCUUGGAAUGGUGGAAGAACAAUAGUAUGAAGUAUAAGAUUUUAUCAAAGAUGACAAAAGAUAUAUUAGCAAUACCAGUCUCGUCAGUU